GCGGUCAUCAGGGUGUCCACGCAGCUCGGCGGCACGUACGCGUUCGACACGGUGCGCCGGUCGUGGCGCAGGGAAGGCGCCUGGACGUUGCCCUUCGAGGGCCGCGCGCAGUACGUCGCCGACUACGGCCUCUGGUUCGGGUUCUCGGACUCGGACCGAGGGGGGUUCGGCCUGCGCGCGGCCGAUGUCGACGGGGGCAGGACGCCGGUGCAGAGGCAUCUCUGGCCCGACGUCGACGGCAUCGAUGAGCACGCUGACGAGUGGUACCCGGGGGCUGACUGCCUCUCCUACCUGGGGGCCGGCAGGUUCUGCGUCACAAGGUUCUUAACCUCCACCAAAGAUUUCCUGCAAAUCGCCGUCGUGACGGCAUUGGAGGCGACGCCCGCCGCGGGGAGCGAGGAGUUGCGCUAGGAAGGCGUCGAGGUGCUACCACUUCCCCAAGCCCGAUUCACCUGGCUGGGCGUUUUGAAUUUUGAUGCACGCACAAGUCUUUUGCUACAGAUGAACAACUCCAUUGCACUAUCGUAUGUGUAAAAGUUCCUGCAGAUUUCUGGCCGGACAUAUGUGUCCAAAUUUCAGUGAUUUUUAUUGCUUUGCUCUCUGUGGUGUCACUUUAUAAGAGCAGCAGCGUCCGCUCCCCGCCUCAUAGCCUCAGACCAAGAAACGCUUGAUGGCGGAGGUGACCCUGCGCCGCUUCGAGCUCUCCGACGUGGACGCCAUGAUGGUGUGGGCGUCGGACCCGCAGGUGGCCGCCUUCUGCCGGUGGGAGCCCUACGAGUCCAGGGAGCCCCUGCUGGCGUUCCUCCGCGACACCGUGCUCCCGCACCCGUGGUUCCGCGCCGUGUGCGCCCCCGGCUCCGGCGCGGUCGUCGGCGCGGUGUCCGUGGCGCCGACGGCGGAGCGGUGCUGCGGGGAGCUCGGCUACGUGGUGGCCCGCGCGCACUGGGGCAAGGGCGUGGCGACCGCGGCCGUGCGGCGAGCGCUGCGGGACGUGUUCGCGGAGGUGGAGGGGCUGCGGCGCGUGGAGGCGCUGGUGGACGUGGACAACCCGGCGUCGCUGCGCGUCGCGGAGAAGGCCGGGCUCCGCCGCGAGGGCGUCCUGCGGCGGCAUUACUGGCACAAGGGCCGCGCCAGGGACAUGGUCAUGUACAGCUUCCUCGCCUCCGACCCGCUCCCCGGAUGAUCUGAUCUCGCAUCGGCGGUGUUUGGAGGAUGAAGAUGACAGCAAUCAGCUCCAUGGAUUUCACUGGUGUCUUGUUCAUUGGGGUGAUUGGAGUUGGUUGUUUGGUACCGCGCGUGGUGCCCAGAGAGCACCUGCUUCGGUGCGUGGCGCCGCGAGUAAAGCUUGACGGUGCCACGGGCCCGUGGUGAACACGACGUCAUACCAGAUGCGAUUAGUGCGAGGAGGCUUAACGUAGCUCAGAGACCACUCUGAUCAUCCAUCUUGCUGGCCAUUUUGGUCAUGUUUCUUAGCUUAAGCCUGACACUACCAAUCCAACACGUCACUCUGUUGCUAAUCCAGAUUUAAGUAAAGCCUGGCCCUUUCUCUUCCCUG